UUCAUAGAGGAGGACACUCCUACAGAGAUCAGCACAGGACACGCCAUGGAGAAACCCUUAAAGGAUCGUCUCACUUUAUCUCCAGGUUGUAAAAUGGAAGACGAGGACAUCACAGGAGAUUGGGGAGGAGAAAAGACAAUGAGCUCCACUAUGGAUGGAGGACUUCACAAUGCGGAUAGACCAUGGAAUCCCUCCGACUCUGAGCAACCUCGUACUGAGUGGAAUGGUUCUGGAAUUCGGGGGGAUGAGAACUUUUCCUGUCCUUUUUGUGGGGAAAGGUUUUACUCUGAAUUAAGUCUUUCUAUACAUCAGAGAUCUCACAAAGGGGAGAAGCUUCAGUCCCGUUAUUCCUGUUCUGAGUGCGGGAAAAGUUUUUCACAGAAGAAAAAGCUAACCGCUCACUGGAGAUUGCACACGGGCGAGAAACCAUAUUCUUGUUCGGAGUGCGGGAAAUGUUUUCUAUGGAAAUCGGACCUUGUUAUACAUCAAAGAACUCACACGGGUGAGAAGCCGUAUUCCUGUUCUGAGUGCGGGAAAUGUUUUUCUCGGAGGUACCAUCUUAACACGCAUCAGAAAUCUCACACGGGUGAGAAGCCUUAUUCCUGUCCUCAGUGCGGGAAACGUUUUUCACAGAAGUCCAAUCUUAAAACACAUCUGCUGUCACACAUAGGAAAAAAGUCGAAUUCCUGCCCUGAAUGCGGGAAAUGUUUUUCACAGAAGUCUUACCAAACAUCAGAGAACUCACACAAUCCUUGUGGUGUAUUAGGUUCCCAAGUGCAGGAAAUGUCUUCUAUAUGAAUCCUAUUUUGUCGCACAUCAGAGAUCUCACACGGGUGAGAAGCCGUAUUCCUGCCCUGUGUGCAGGAAAUUUUUAUCACAGACGUCUAGUCUUAGGAAAGAUCUGAAAAACCACACAACCCUCAAGGUUAAUUUAGUCUCUUGAGUGUGGGAAAUGUCUUCUAUAUGGAUCAUAUUGUGCCGUACAUCAGAGAUCUCACACUGGGAAGAAGCUCACCUUGAUAUACACCUCAGAAAACACGUGGCUGAGCGCUCCUCUGAUCUUUAUCAUGGAAGAAA